CUUUCAGGCACAGAAACAACAAUGAGACCCUUUUCUCUCCUCCUCACUCUUGUUGCCACUGUAACUCUAACCAAUGCGCAAUUUCAUAAGUUCAUGAAGGGAGGCUCAGCGCUUAACAUAUCGUCGUGGGACCACGACGUGAUGAGGUUCUGCGACGCAUAUGUAGACAAACAGUGUGGGCAAAGGGAGGACGAUAAGGUGGAGAGUUUGCCAGGGCAGCCGGAUUGUGAUGAUGAUUCUGAGGCUUUUGAUCAGUAUGCUGGGUAUAUCACAGUUGAUCCUAAGGCUGGUCGUGCAUUGUUUUAUUAUUUUGUGGAGGCGGUUAAUGAUUCUAAGUCUGUGCCGCUUGUGUUGUGGUUUAAUGGAGGUGGAUAUUGGGAGUCUCAUUCUUCCUUGGGACACGGAGCUCUGAUGGGGCAGGGACCCUUCAGAGUUAAUAGCGAUGGCGAAACAUUAUCACCAAAUAAUUAUUCAUGGAACAAAGUUGCAAAUAUCAUAUUUCUCGAAACACCGGCUGGUGUUGGGUACUCAUACUCGAACUCAACACUGGACUACGAAGAGAUUGGAGAUAAAAAGGCCACUGAAGAUUCUUUCGCAUUCAUUCUUAACUGGCUUCAGAGAUUUCCUCGGUACAAGAAAAGAGACUUUUACAUAGCAGGAGACGGAUACGCAGGCCAUUGUCUACCUCAACUAGCUUAUGCAAUUCUUCACAACAACAAGAAAUGCAACAACACACACAUCAACCUCAAAGGAAUUGCUAUUGGCAAUGGAUGGAUGGAUGAAGAUGAUUCUUUGAAAGGAGUAUACGAUUUCCACGGGGACCACACUUUGAUUUCUAAUGACGUCCGUAACAAAAUACUUUUCAACUGCAACUUCACUACUCCGAUAGUCUUAUCACCUGAUUGUUUGGACUAUUUGAAUCAAGCUUCAGAGAUGGUGGCAGGCCUCAAUCUAUAUGACAUCUACGGUCCACCCUGUAAACCUUCGUCCAGAACUAAUAUCUCUAUUGGAGGCUUUGAUACAUGUUCACAUAUGUAUGUAGAAUCCUAUCUCAACCUCCCCAAAGUUCAAGAAGCUCUACAUGCGAACAUUACAUCUCUACCAUAUCCAUGGACAGUUAACAGCUCUGUAAUCAAGGAAUGGAAAAAUUGGUACCCAACCAUUACACCUCUAGUCAAGAAAUUGAUGGCAAAUGGCACAAGAGUCUGGCUCUAUACCGGUGAUACUGAUAGUGUGGCGCCUAUAACAUUGACAGAUUACUUCAUAGAAAGACUUAAUGUAACUGAGCAGACAUCUUCUUAUCCUUGGUACUCUGAAGGAGAGGUUGCUGGAUUUGCUGUUGGAUAUGAGAAUCUCACACUGGUGAGUGUGAGAGGAGGUGGACAUUUUGUUCCAAGCUAUCAGCCAGCUAGAGCUCUCACUCUCUUCUCAUCCUUCAUAAAACAAGAGAUGCCUCCUCGUUCUCCUCACUAGAUAGAAACAACAUUUGCAAAAGAUGUCUAAUAGAAAUUGCUGUUUCUGGAACGAAUACUAGAUUGGUACUUUAACUGAAUACAAUGGUUGAAACAUAUGUUUAUUGAAAAUAAAGAUGAAGUUUGUGUUAUUUUUAUGCCUAUAAAUGUUUCUAAAGUAUGAAAUUUGACA